CUGCGUGUGGCACAUUUGAUUGGUUUAUUUCGGAGGCUUGGCUAUGUAACAGAAUAGCUUGUUCCAAAAAAUGUAGUCUGUCGGUAGCUAGUGGAAGGGAGCCAGACGAAGCACGUCCUUUAUCCAAAAUGGCAGCGACGCCGAGUCCCAGUGCGGACAUUGAAAGAACUCUUCUGAGCUUUGAGAGGUUAGACAGAGCGUCACCAGAAUUAUGGCCAGAGCAGAUUCCUGGUGUAUCUGAUUUUGCUCCUAUGAAGAGUCCACUGGGUAACACACAGGAUACAGAAUCACAGCCCUGGGAAGCAGACUUGGAACAGAAUGACAUAGAUAUGCUCAAUGAGCUAGGUAGCCUGACAACAGCUAACCUGAUGGAGAAAGUCAAAGGAUUACAGAAUUUGGCAUACCAACUGGGCUUGGAAGAGUCUCGGGAGAUGACAAGGGGGAAGUUUCUCAACAUUCUGGUCAACGGAACAAAACGAAAGUGACCUCCAACUUGACCUCUGAACACUAACAAGUCUUCCUCUAGGGAACCAUUAUGGACACUUCGUAACAUGGUGUAUGGAAGUCCAUUUAUUUGAUGUAUUCUAUGAACAAUCACAGCAACUUGUUUAAGAGUAUAAUUUCUUUUACCAUUACUUUCUUGAUAUGUUCACCCAAGGACCAUCACACAUCUGCCAAAAUUAAACCUGUGAAUUACCGUUACUACUGGUAGUUGGCACAAAUUGGUUCAAAUAAGGACCUCAAGCCCUGUGUUAGGUAUGUAACAGUACUGAAACCAUCAAAAACGGUUGGAAAUUUGCAGGAGUAAGGGAAAUUAAUUUUAAAAGAAUUUGUAAACCACAUCAAAUAAAUGCUACAUACUACACUUCGUAUAAAAUUAUUAGACAAAAUACAGGAUUUUAAAAAUAAGUAUCAUCUCCAUUUGGCAAGUAAUUUCUCUUUUUUUAUAAGAAAUUGCUCCUGAAUUAGUCUGAUGGAGUGUUGAUCUAAGUGUAUAAGAUCAUGCAGCAUUAAGAGUGUUCAAUAAGCAGAGAAAAGACUUAUGACCAUGCUGAUAUGUCUCCAUGUCUUCUUCGUAAUAAAAAGUAAUUACAACAUUCGGAGUUCCAUCUGAUUUCAAUCAAUAAUUGUUUUAAAUUAGUGGAAGUUUUGCUUGUGUACGCCAUUGUCUCAUGUAACAUGGCUUACAGAUAAAGGAGUAGCAAGCAUGCAACUUUUUCUCGGAUCCACCGAUUUCCUUGUGUUUUCUGCUUCUCAUGAAUGCCAUUACAAAUUAAAAAAACCAAAGUCUUGUGUGGUUUCGGAGUUUCCUCGUGUUUCCUAAAUUCCCAGUUGCAUGUCUGGGGUAGCGUAUCACAAAGAUCAAGGUCAUGUCCUAAGCUGUUUUAAUAUAGGUUUUCCCGGCUAUUUUAAAACAUUUUUCGUUCAAAUUCACCGAUUCUUAUAUUCAAUUUCAUCCAGCAACAUCGAUUUGGGGCACUUUCAAUGUUUAAUUGCGUCUUUUGUCAGACAAUUUCAAAUUUAGUCCAAACAAAUUCAAACAAUGAGCACACGUUUUCGACCCAGUGUAUUCGAUUUCGUCUCGUCUAUGCUGAAUUGUGUUAUUCAGAAAUCUAAUUCAUCUAAUUGAUUUAUAUAAGACGAAUUUGAUCUCUGAAUGCUGCCAUUCGGCAACAGCUUAGACGGAUUUGAUCUGUAAUGACGAAUAUUCUCGACCCGGUGACUAGACUUUAAAUUUGAAUGGUAAAUGACUAAGCUGGUUUUGUUAAAAGCAUGUGAAAUUUUUUUCGCACGAAAUUGAAGGCUACAGUUGGUGAAUCUGAAUAAAAAAUGUUUUUAAAUAGCCGGGAAAACCUAUAUAUGGACUUCACAAAUUUGAAUAUAACCUUCUUCAUCGCAUUUUUAAGUUACAGUUCAUCUAUGACCUUUUUACUUGUAUGGAAUUUGUUCUAAAACUUUCCUUCAUGUGGGCAUUUUGUAAAUAAACAAGUUCUCUUUGUAAAGUGAAGGUCUGGAUUUCAA